GUUGUCUUGUCUCGUCGCAUAACACAACACGGUCUCCCAACUGUGCCACACACUUAUCUCCUUCACCUGAGUAACCCAAGUUGCGCUUUCGCUCGCUCCAUUGCAAUUCCUCAGCAUUCAUGGAUCACAAGCUUUUCAAUGAGGAUAUUCUUGAGCAGAUGAGAAAUGGGUCUGCGAAAUUUGAGCUUGUUUCUGAUUCCCCGGUUCCUUCUAUUGCUGCUCUUCCUAACCGGAACGCAAGCUUCUUUGGAGUUGGAAAUUCUAGCUCUCUCUUUUUCGCUAGAGUUGGUUCAUUAUUUAGUGGGCAGUCUCCAGCAAUGAAGAAAGUUGAGCGUCUUUCCGUUCACAAGGUUACAGGGGAUGGGCGGUGUCUGUUUCGAGCACUGGUCAAAGGAAUGGCGCACAAUAAAGGAGUUGCUCUUAACCAACGGGAGGAGAGAGAAAGUGCAGAUGAAUUAAGAAUGGCUGUGAAAGAAGUCAUAUGUGAAAAUGAAGGAGAACGUAAGUUAUAUGAAGAAGCUCUCAUUGCCAUCACGGUUGAUGAGCCUCUACCACGUUACUGCAAACGAAUUGUGCGAUCUGAUUUCUGGGGAGGAGAGUCAGAGCUACUGGUACUGUCAAAGUUAUGUAAGCAGCCAGUUAUUGUGUACAUACCAGAGCAUGAGCAUAGAGGCAGUGGUAGGGGAUCUGGUUUUAUUCCCAUUGCAGAGUAUGGAAGUGAAUUUAGAAAGCGCUCUAGCAGAAAGGUUGUGAGGUUAUUGUUCAGCGGUAAGAAUCAUUAUGAUCUUCUGAUGUGAGGAACUGUCUGAACAGAGGACAAAAAUGAGAAUGACUUGGACAGUUGCCAUUUUGUAAUGGUGUUGAUUCUCAAUGUAAUAUCUCUGAAUUGAUUUUGACUUGGAGCAUAAAAUAGAAAAGCGGUGAAUUGUUCUAA